AUGGGCGUGUCACGUGACAUGUCGGCCUGGAUGUGCGCAGGCAUCGUCGUUUGGUGGGCGCUCGGUCCAGGUCCUUGCGGCUGGCGCUACGUGCCUUGCUUCGGCACGCUCCCGAGCCUGCAGAGCAUCACCGCCUGUGUCGCAGGCAAAUGCGGUGUUGACGUUGGCCGCUGUCUUCAGCCUCCGCCCUCCGCCCUCCGCCCUCACGCCGCCAACCGACCACGAACCCACGAACAUGUCGACCGCCGUCUGGCCGCCCAUCGACGCCGCCCAGCUGGCCGGCGAGCAGGCGCAGUCGCAGCAGCGCGAGCUCGCCUGGCUGCUGGCCCAGCUCACCGACACGCUGCAGGCGCUCAAGGCCGGCCUCGACGAGUGCGCGGCCCUGCUGGCGCCCACCGAGAGCGGCUCCACGCUGGUGCUGACCUCGGUGCGCUCAGAGAGCCUCAAGGGCCUCGUCACCCGCGUCGGCACCCGCAUCGUCAAGGGCAACGUCAAGCUGCGCAUGGCCAGCCUCCCUCCCCCGCGCGGCGCGCAGACGUACGACCUGGCCAUCUCGUCGGCCCCCACCGCCCCUACCCUCGUCGUGCCCCAGCUCACGUCGGUGCGCACCGCCAUCAACAGCUGCCUCGAUGCCAUCGACGUCGUCUCCUGGGGCGGCGACGCCACCAACGCCAGCUUCGUCGCCGGCCAGCUGCAGCUGCUGCACGACCACAUCCUCGAGGCCCGCCACGCCCUCAAGGGCUACUCGGACGUCCAGCUGCCCUGGUGGGAGCACCCCGUCGACGACAACACCUUCGACCCCCCGCUGCCUCCCCACCUCUCUUUCCACAUGUUCGUCUUCGACGCCGCCCUCUGCCUCGAGAUCCGCACCCUCGAGCCCAAGCCCGACGACGACGCCGCCGCCUCCUUCACCGGCUUCAACUUCCGCGACCGCCUGUCCUCGGCCCUCGGCGGCACGCGCACCCCCGCCCACGACGAGGCCGACAAGGUCUACAGGUACCGAGGCCAGGACGUCCGCGUCAAGGAGAAGUUGCGCGUCGAGACCCAGGACCCGGCCCUCAUCUCCGCCUCGGCCAAGCUGAACGCCCUCGAGCACAGCCUGAUGUUGAGUCGCAAGGCCCUCGACAUGGUCAUGGGGCGCGACGAGCCGGAGCCGUGACCGCGACCAGCCGACCGCCCGACGCACAGCACGCUAGUGCACCCACCAGCCCCGCUGAUUGGCCGCAUUCGUCCCCAUGCCACCACUGCUUUUCCGCGGCCCUCUCGUAG